AUGAUGGACAAAGUGUUCUCUCGCGACUACCACCCCGUUUCCAAAUCGGAUGCUGAUGGCGACAGAGAUGCCACCGUCACAAACAGACCACCCCGCCGGGGCAUCCAACAAUCAGAAACAAAACCUGGCAGCAAUCACCAUCACCGGCUUGCUCAUAAUCCUGCUGCUCCUGGUGAUUGCCGUAAUCACAGCCGUCGCUGUAGAACCCUUCCGCAAAUUCCCUCUCCACAAGUAAGAUACUGGUGCGGCAACUCAACCAAGGAGGCCGAAGCCCUCGGCUGCGCCUACGAUCCUCUUGCUGGCUGCUGGCUGCAUAAAGAAUGUCCACAUGACCUCACGCACGAGUUUGCGCAUUUCAACAACGGAAAGCCGUUUGUCUAUUUCUAUGAUGUGGCUGCCACACAGCAGAUGAAGCACUAUACUGAACUCGGCAAUAACCCGGACUUCUAUUGGACUGCUGUCCGUGAGCAUCUGGUUCAUUGUCUGUAUCUCCUUCGACGAGGUCAUGAUGUCCACAUGCGUGGUGAUCCUCUGGAUAAUAUGCUUGCAGAUCUGGAGCACGUUGAUCAUUGUAUCAAUAUGCUGGCUAAUUUGCUGCGGAGACCGGAUCCCGCGUUGGAAGAGAUAGGUACGCAGGGGCAGACUCAUUCCUUUAUGUCUUGUGCUUGA